UUGGCUCACAGGUUUCCCGCCCCUUGAGCGUCUGCUGGCUCGGAGAGGCCAUUUACUGUCAGGAUGCCGUCCAAGCGGCGCAACAACGGGCGCUCCAAGCACGGGCACGGCCACUCCGCCAUCGUCCGCUGCUGCAACUGCGGCCGGUGCGUGCCCAAGGACAAGGCCAUCAAGCGCUUCCAGGUCCGCAACAUGGUCGAUGCGUCCUCCCAGCGUGACAUCCGCGACGCCAGCGUGUACCAGACCUUCAUGCUCCCGAAGCUCUACAUGAAGAUGCUGUACUGCGUCUCCUGUGCCAUUCAUGGCCGCGUGGUCAGGGUCCGCAACAAGGUGCUCCGCGCCAGCCCUGAAGGCCGCAUCUACGUGCGCCCCACCUUUGGCAAGGGCGGCGGGAAGGGCGCUUAGUGAUGGGGCCCUCGGGCUGCGGGCGUCGGACGCGGCUUUCCGCAGCGUUCGUGCUGCCAGGCGCUUUGACGCCCUGGGGGAGAAAUGAGCCCGCCAACAUAGUGAGGGGAGGCAGAGGAUGGCCAUGGCGGGCCGUUGGACCGAUGUUUGUCGAGUGGCAGAAGCGGCAG